AUGAAAUCGGGUAUAUGUAAAUUAAUCCAACCUUUAAAUUUAUGUAAGAGGAGGGAGGUUAAUGAGAGGAGGGAUGUUGAUGAGGAUAAGGUAGAGGCAGGCAGCAUCAAAAUUAUUUUUUUUGCGAGUGUUUUUUUGGUGACAGUUCCAUAUGUUAUCAAGUUAGGAUAUGCAGUUUACAUUAUCCUUAACGAACUUGUAAGCAAAGAAAAUUCAGAAGAUUCAGUUCAACUUCUUGAUGAACCCGGAGAAAAAGAUGAUCCAGAAGAUUUAAAUGAUCAACAAGAUGGUUCACAAGGUCAACAAGAUAAAGCAAAAGAAAAAGUUACGAUCAAGAAAUGGUUAGAAGAUUCAAAAGAUCAUAAAAUAGUUCUCGUAAUGUUGAUAUCACUAGCAGGAACUGAUGUCGGAGUUCUAGAAAUAUUUAAAUUUAAUUUCCAAUUUUGUAGAUAUAAAUUUAACGUUAAGUUAUCUAAAAAAUUUGAACGAAAGAUUAUUAUUGGAGAAACUAUUGGUAUUAUUAUUAAAAAUAUGCCUGACCUAGCUUUUAGGGUUUACUUUUUGAGCAAAGCGAUUGAUUUUAGUUAUUUAUCCAUUCUUACUCCUUUAGUAUCUCUUAUAAAAAUCCUAAGUCUUUUUACAAACUUCACAAAAUUAAUGAAAACUAGGAACUAUGGCUCUUAA